AGGCUGAGGCGGCCGGAGGGAGAGAGACUGAAAGACAGAGAGAGAGAGAGGCCGCGGCGGGGCGCCGGCUCCUGCCUCCCUCCCUCUCUCCCGCCGCCGCCUCUCUCCCAUGGACACGGCGUGAGCCGUGAAGGAUCAUCGCAGAGAAUCCCUUUGAGUCCCCAUCUCCAAAGAUGGCUGACUCGGCUGGCAUUGUGGGCGAGCGUCUCAGCAGGGGCAAGCUGCCCGGUUGGAUGGGCACGAGAGAGGCCCUCUUCAGAUACCCUGCUCUCUGCCCUUGGUGGCAGCUUCCAAGAGCAGAGCCUUCUCUGCAGUGACACUCCCCCCACCAGCAGCACCCUUGUAGAAUUCCUGGCCGAAGGAAGAGAGGACAGCAACCAAGGAGAGAGAUCUUUGAAAGAGCACAGACCCGCCUUGGAUAUGAGUGACUCCGACGCAGACGUGCCACCGCCAGGGGAGGAGGAAGAGGAGGAGGAGGCGCUGGCCGCAGCGGUGCUGCCGCCCCCAGGAAAUGGCGGGGUGGCGGCCCUGGGGGUCAUCACGGAAGGCGUGGGCGAGCUGGCGGUCAUUGACCCCGAGGUGGCCAAGAAGGCCUGCGAGGAGGUGCUGGAGAAGGUCAAGCUGAUGCACUGCAUCUCUCCUGACGGGUCCAUCCAGCUGAAGGACGGCAGCGCAGGCGCGGCUCGCCGGCCCGGCCUGGCCCUGCUGAACGGCAGCCCCGGCGAGUGCUGCGAGAUCAAGUGCCUGGACGACCCUCCGGACAAGAUCCAGGAGGAGGAGCAGCAGCACGCGGCCAACUCGGUCAAGAGCGCCCGGCGGCGCCAGAAGAACAACUCGGCCAAGCAGUCGUGGCUGCUGCGCCUGUUUGAGUCGAAGCUCUUUGACAUCUCCAUGGCGAUCUCGUACCUGUACAACUCGAAGGAGCCCGGCGUGCAGGCCUACAUUGGGAACCGGCUCUUCUGCUUCCGCAACGAGGACGUGGACUUCUACCUGCCGCAGCUGCUGAACAUGUACAUCCACAUGGACGAGGACGUGGGCGACGCCAUCAAGCCCUACAUCGUCCACCGCUGCCGGCAGAGCAUCAACUUCUCCCUGCAGUGCGCCCUCCUGCUGGGCGCUUACUCCUCGGACAUGCACAUCUCCACCCAGCGCCACUCCCGCGGGACCAAGCUGCGGAAGCUCAUCCUCUCCGACGAGCUCAAGCCGGCCCACCGGAAGAGGGAGCUGCCGGCCCUCGGCCCGGCCCCCGAGGCGGGGCUCUCCCCCUCCAAAAGGACUCACCAGAGGUCCAAGUCGGACGCCACCGUCGGCAUCCACCUCAGCAGCAACCUGAAGAGGACCGCCAGCAACCCCAAAGUGGAGAACGACGAUGAGGAGUUGUCAUCGAGUACGGAGAGCCUUGAUAGAUCAUUUUGCUCCCCCGUCCGCCUGGCCCCGGAGCGAGAGUUCAUCAAGUCUCUGAUGGCCAUCGGGAAACGCCUGACGACGCUGCCGACCAAAGAGCAGAAGACGCAGCGCCUCAUCUCCGAGCUCUCCCUGCUCAACCACAAGCUGCCGGCCCGUGUCUGGCUCCCCACCGCUGGGUUUGACCACCACGUGGUGCGGGUCCCACACACCCAGGCCGUCGUGCUGAACUCCAAGGACAAGGCUCCUUACCUAAUCUAUGUGGAAGUACUUGAAUGUGAAAACUUCGACACCACUAACGUCCCGGCCCGGAUCCCAGAGAACCGUAUCCGUAGCACACGGUCCGUGGAGAACCUCCCAGAGUGCGGGAUCACGCAUGAGCAGCGGGCCAGCAGCUUCACCACUGUCCCCAACUACGACAACGAUGACGAGGCUUGGUCUGUGGACGACAUCGGGGAGCUGCAGGUGGAGCUCCCAGAGAUUCACACCAACAGCUGUGACAACAUCUCCCAGUUCUCUGUGGACAGCAUCACCAGCCAGGAGAGCAAAGAGCCCGUCUUCAUAGCUGCUGGAGAUAUCAGGAGACGCCUCUCGGAACAGCUUGCCCACACUCCAACGUCCUUCAAGAGGGACCCCGAAGACCCUUCUGCCGUCGCCCUAAAGGAGCCGUGGCAGGAGAAAGUCAGGCGGAUCCGGGAGGGCUCUCCGUACGGCCACCUCCCAAACUGGCGCCUCCUCUCUGUGAUUGUGAAAUGUGGCGAUGAUCUCCGGCAAGAGCUGCUGGCCUUCCAGGUGCUCAAACAGCUUCAGUCCAUCUGGGAGCAGGAGCGCGUCCCCCUGUGGAUCAAGCCAUACAAAAUCCUCGUCAUCUCUGCCGACAGCGGCAUGAUCGAGCCGGUGGUCAACGCCGUCUCCAUCCACCAGGUCAAAAAGCAGUCGCAGCUCUCCCUGCUGGACUACUUCCUGCAGGAGCAUGGGAACUACACCACCGAGGCCUUCCUGACCGCCCAGCGCAACUUUGUGCAGAGCUGCGCCGGCUACUGCCUGGUCUGCUACCUGCUGCAAGUCAAAGACAGGCACAAUGGCAAUAUCUUGCUGGAUGCAGACGGACACAUAAUCCACAUAGAUUUCGGGUUCAUCCUCUCCAGCUCACCCCGGAAUCUUGGCUUUGAGACAUCAGCCUUCAAACUCACCUCUGAGUUCGUCGAUGUCAUGGGGGGCUUGGAUGGCGACAUGUUCAACUAUUACAAGAUGCUGAUGCUGCAAGGCCUCAUCGCCGCUCGGAAGCACAUGGAUAAAGUCGUCCAGAUUGUGGAGAUAAUGCAACAAGGCUCCCAGCUGCCCUGUUUCCACGGCUCCAGCACCAUCCGCAACCUGAAGGAGCGAUUCCACAUGAACAUGACGGAGGAGCAGCUCCAGCUCUUGAUUGAGCAGAUGGUGGACGGCAGCAUGCGCUCCAUCACCACCAAGCUCUACGACGGCUUCCAGUACCUCACCAACGGCAUCAUGUGACCGCCUGCCGCGCUCCCCAGACAUGCCGGCGAAACCGCCCGGCCCCCCCAUCCACCCCCACCACAGCCAGAGACCCUCACAAAGUCCUUGUCGGAGGGAGCUGGAUGGCGGAAGUAGGGAAGGAACCGAGGAGCUGCCUUCCUCCCGAGGCGUCUCUCGAACGCAGCGCCCCUUUUUACCGGAUUCUUUUAGACACUGAUGGGGUUCGGGGUGUAGGUUGGGGGCUUCGGAGUGGGGGAGAAGGACCUCUCGAACUAAGCUAGAGACGCUUUACUCUCUUCCCAUGCGAAAUUCUGAAGGAUCAUGUAGGAAAGAAAACCUUGAGAUCUUUGCUUUUCUUCCCCCAAGAAAAGCAACGAGCGAAAGGACGGAGCCUUUGUUCUCUGGACGUCGGGAAAUCACACACACGAAGAAGAACCAUGUUUUGCCCUUGUCCCCAUCGUCGCCAUCCUUCCUCUCCCCCGGCCCCCGAAACUUGAAAAUCAUUUAUUUCAGUAUUAUACCUCGUCUUUGUCCUCUGAACUGUCACUCUCUCGCAACAAUCCCGCAAAUGUUUUAUGGGCCCAGGGAAGAACAGGAGUGGGUUGGAUGGGGUUUUUUUGGGGUGAAGGGGAAAUGGAGAGAGAGAGAGAUGGACCUUUGCAACAGCUCCGGGAAAUCAUGCAUUUCUGAGCCUCCCAUUUCCAAAACCCCUUUUCUUCUUCUCAAAUGCCCCCCUCCCCUUCCACCCCACUUCCCACCCCAUGCAUGUUUCUUUCCGUUGGUGUGCGUGUGCGUUUCUGUCGAGACAAUUAAACUCCCCGCCAUCACCAAA